GGGCAACGGCGGCCGGCCACAGGGAGGCGGCGCGGCGGGGCCGCCGGGGCAGGCGGGGGCUGUCGGGCGGGCGGACGCCCGCCUUUCCCUGGCUGCUCUCCCGGUUGUGCGGGGAAGCUCUCGGAAGAACUCCUCGGCAAACGGCUCCGGCGAGCCUGGCAGAGCGGCGGGAGGGGCGACAUGGACGUGGCCGUCCGCGAGCGGCUCCUGGCCGCGCGGAACCGCCGAGGAGGAAGAGGGUGUUACAUAGUUGAUCUGAAAUAAUGCAAUUACAUGUCUAUUGUUCCACCUUGAAUCAUAAAUUAUCUGUAACUUUAGAUGUUCAAGCUUUGAAGGAUGCUUAUGAUUUGAUCAAAUCAGCCUGUCAAGGAAGAUCUGCACUUCACUCAUCAGAUAACUUAAGCACAGACUUAUAUGUUCUGUGUGCUGAACAGGCAUUUCAGCUGGGAUAUCUGCAAAUUAGCAGUGACUGUCUACAGAUGUAUUUUAAAGGAAGAUAUCCUGUAAACCAGUUUAUUGGUAGAGCAUAUUUGUGCCAAGGACAGUUGCACACUCCACUCUCUACAGAUAAUUUGGAAGCAUUUGAAAAGUUUGUGCUGUUUUUUAUGAAAGCAAUAGAUUUUGCAACACAUGAUCGAAGAUACUAUUUUUUGGUAUAUAAUGCCUCAGUUCUUUAUUGGCAAUUUGUGAGACCAUAUCUUAAGCCUGGAUUCCACUGUUACCUUGUUCCCAGCUUGUCUCAGAUUGUUAAAGCAUUAAACCAAACUGAAGAGCCAGACAGUGAAUGGAGAGCAGAACUCAUGAUAAAUUUACUUGAGUGCCUCCUCGAUGCUUCAAAACUGAAAGAAGCAAAAGAGUUUUCAUCUACUGCAGCAGUCUUUAUUAAGGAAAAUGUUCCAGAUAAAUACUCUAAAAUAUUUUCUUUAAUGGUAUGCCACAAACUAAUGGAUAUUUCCCAGAUAGAGAAGGAAAUAAAAAAUUCCAUCCAUUUGUCAGUGAUUUAUAAAAUGCAAAUGAUAAAAGCGCAGUGGGACACAAAUGAAUCUCCAAGUGAUGCCACCGCAACUCUGUAUUCUCUAUAUGAACUUCUGAAACAGUAUGAUGUACCUCCAGCAUCUGUUGCCAGUAUGAAAAUUCCUUUGAUCCUGGAAUUGGCUCGUUUUUCUGUGAAAGUAAACUGCAUUAAGCUUACGCAUGACUGUAUACUUGAUUUGAAGAAAGCUGGCAUUACUGAACAAGGGAAACUUAUUGAAGUAGAAUGCCUGGAAUGUGAAUAUGAAAUUCAAAAAUUUGGCCCUGAAAUUGUGACUUAUACCAAAGGAGUUGUUGAGGCUCAGCUGAAAUUGAUAAAAAGUCUUGAGUUAACCUUGCAACAUGCAGUUCAGUUGGAAGAUCCUGAUGUGAUUCAGGUUGUUUGCACAACCCAGUGGAAUCUGUGUCUACCACUUCUACAACAAAAUUUGCAUCAACAUGUGCGAAAACCAUUGAUGGCAGUUGCUGAUGUCCUUGAAGAGAUUGACAGCAUGUUGAUUUUGUUACGUUGCCAAGUUCACAUGGAAAUUGCUCGUAUUGAAGAAGAUGAGGAUAGAAUUGAGGUUGCUGUGCAACAUUUACAGAAAGCUAUACAUCUAGAUAACAGUGGGCAGUAUCAAGAACAUCUAAGAUUGAAUUUUAACCGUCUUUCUUUGUACGCUAUGCUGUAUAAGUCUCCUGAGCGUCUAGAGGAUCAGGCACUAAUGAUGAUUGAACAGGCUAAAAGGGGAAAGCAAAAGAAUAAUGUGAGGAAAAAGAGGUCACUUCUGGUAAAUGCUGGUCUUGCACUAGCUCCUGAUUCAUUUCAGGUGGUUCUUGAUAGUGAAAAUGAAGCUAAAGUUUCCUCAGGUAAAAGUCAGAGUCAAGUAAGUUACCUCUGUGCGAAAGCACAACAUCAUGUUAAAAGUGUGGACAAAAUCGAUGGACAUUUGAAACACCUAAAAAAAGAAAAUGACAAAGAGAGAAUUAGACUUUGGGCAAAUCUGGCAAAAGUUGCACGUACACAAGAAGUGUGGGAUGUCUGCCGUACAGCAUGCAGAUUUUGUCUCCUCUAUGAUGACACUUUGUUUAGGAGAGCAACAAAACCUAAAAAAACACAGAAGAAGAAAGCUAGUAUAACUAUGAUGGAUGAUGAUGAUCAAGGUGAUGGCUUACCAGGAGAAUUAUUACUACCUGCUAAAUCCUUCUCUUUUGAAAGAGAUUUACUCAGAAUAUUAGCAGAAAUAAGAUUUAUUAAUGCAGAGGCAACGAUUCAUUUAUUAAGAUUGCAAGGAAUUGAGCUGAAUGACCACACUGUACCUACAGAAGAUAAAAGCCAAGAUCCUUCAGGAUAUGUUUUAGGUUUUCCUGAAAGUGAUCUAGAAUGGAAAGCAUACAGUUUAUGGAUAGACUACUUAUCUCAGUAUGCUAUGGAAAAUUUCCUGCGUGCAGCUGAAAUAGGAGAAGAACUGAAUGAAGCCUGGAUUGUUCAUAAUGCUGCGGUGUAUAUCUUAAACUACAAUAGGCAUAUUAUCACAUCAGGAAGACAGAGGGAAAUUAUUGAGUAUCUGCAGACUCUUCUUGGAGCAGUCAAGACUGUUGGGCACACUGGAAGUACUGUCACUUUGUUGAUGUUAUGUAAUGCUGUAGCUCGGGGCUUAAUUCUCUGUUGGAUUCCAAAGCCUAAACUUACUGAGGAGAAAAAGUUAUGUGCAUCACCAGACAAAAGUAGAAAGGCUGCAGCAAAGGGACAUGAGAAAGCAAAAGCUCUCUCCCCUUUGUCAGUAGAUCCCAGUGGACUUCCUGAUAUCAAAGCAGCCUUAGAGAUUUGUGAAUUUGCUCUAAAUGUGAUAACUGGAACCAUACCUAAUGAAACAGUACCCGUUGCUGUAAAACAACAGAUCAUUGCUACAUGGGUGAAAGUAAAACAGUUAAAUCAGCAACAGAUAGGACAUAAACUUUGGACUGAGGAGGAGAGUAGUGAUGAAGCACAAAAUCCUAUUGCAAGAAUUCUUGUUGGUCUAGAAAUGUAUUCAUGUAAUGGCUUGGGUCUCAUGGAUUUCACGGUUCCUGCUUUAACUCAGUUAGUGAAAUUGGCUUUAGAAUGCAGCUGGUCAGAUUCAUUAGUAGAACUGCAGACACUGACACGACUGACAUAUUUUGCAUAUGUGUUACAUGACUACGAAAUAGUGAUGACUUGUUCCCAAAGGAUAUUGCAGUCAGAUGAUAAUCUUUUUCACAAUAGCGAUACCAAGAAAUAUGAAAUACCUGAUAACACAGCAAGACAAGAAAUGUUGAGUACUGCUGCCUGUAUCCAAGGGAAGAGUAUAAUGGAAAAUUUGGCUGGGCAAAAACAUUUGCGUGUAGCAGCAUCAAAAGCCUUUGCUCAGAGUGCCAGAUAUGCAGGUGAAGCUGGAAAUUAUUCCCUUGUAAUGUUUGCAGCGAGACACUUUUGGAAUGCAUGUUUACCUUUGCUUGGUUUUCCACAUGACAGAGAGCAGAUUAAAGAACCUAUUGAAAUAAUUCUUAAGAAUAUAAUAAAAGCAGAAUCUAAAAAUAAACAGGAGAAAAACGAUACAUUGCCUUUGCAUCAGUGGCUCACAAAGGAUUUUCAAAGUAUUGGAUUAUCAGAUGGAUGCUUUCUGCCAGGUGCUGAUGAAGAUCUGACAUUAAGGACCUCUUUAUAUGGGUUAUUAUUCCACAUAUAUGCUGAUAAAGCUGACUGGGAAACAGCAUUAAAAGUCCUGAAUGAAGCUAUUCAGGCUUUGCCUCAGACAAGACACAGGCUUCUGAUUUUUAAACAUUUGGCUACAGUAAAGGCAAGAUUGGGAUGUAAUUUUAUGAUGGAAAUUCAGAAAUUUGCAGGUGAAAGUGAAGAUUAUGUGUCCCAAAUUUGGCGUCAUAUGGUAACAGUUUCCAGAAGUAUUGUUGAACAGUUAAACUGUUUUAAAAAUGCAAUCAAUGCUUUGCAGAAACAAGAAAAUGAAUGGCAGAAAGUUGAUUACCUGAUGGAAUUUGCUGAAUGGUUAUACUGUAACAAGUUUCCCCUUAAUGAUGUUAUUAAACCUCUGGACUGGGCAGUAGGUCUCUUGCUACGUAUGAAAUUUUCUAUGCAAUCUUCUCAAGAAGAAGAAAAAAAAUAUAUUAGAAAAUUAUUGCCUAUGGAAAAUCUGAAGAUAGAUGUUGGAAGAAAUGAUGUCAUGCCCCAAAUCAAUUUGGAAGAUUUGACUAAUAUUAAACAAUUGGAAGCUUUGUUUAGAGCACAGACGUUAAUGGCUGUAGUUUCUGGUCAUAGUUCUCCUUUUCAUCAGCAACACUGUUUGAUGGCAUAUGCUUGUGUUAUCCGUAUCUGGCAGGUAUCAUUAUCAGCAUCAGGACUAAUUAUAGGAGCAUUAUCAAAGUCUUCACAAUUUAUAGCUCCUCAGGAUGCACAGUCAACAAUUGCUCCUAAGAAAGAGAAGGACAAAAAGGAAGAGAAACAAAACCCCCAGUCUAGAGGUCAAAAAAAAGACAAGACUUCAAAAGACACUAAACAAGUUGAAGAAUCUUUUAUGAAAGAGCAGCCUAGGAAAGAGUCAGUUGAUACCUUACCAAGAAAUGUGGAAGAAUGGGCUCAUUAUGACUGUCCCAAUGAAAUCAGAAAUACUUUUAAACAGAAAACAAAUAGUUAUGGUAUUAACUGGAAUAACUUCACAAAACCUACGUGCACUUUGCAUUUUAUGGACAUUUUAGCUCAAGAACUACAAAAAAUAUUUUGCCCCCACUUGAUUCUUCCCAUCUUUCAGCUAGCUGAAGUUAUUGCUAAUGAAGUUGUGGAAUGUAGAAGUCUGUCUGAUCUCUAUCACCUUCGAAUUGCUCUGAUCUGUUCAGACCUAAAACUUAGUCAGGCGUCUUCAUAUCAUGAGAAAGCUGCUGGAGAAGCAUACAUCAGUGAAUUAGAACAAGUAAUGUGUAGGCAAGAGAUUGCAUUGAAAAAGGAAAAAAAAGUACAUGCUGAGACAGAAGAAAGAAGAACAUUCUUGGAGAGUGCUCAGCUGAAUGGUAGUAAGGAUGAAAAUAUCCUCACUUCAGGGAAAAAGAAUUUUGAGUUAAAUGCAGUAACAGGCAAAGGACUGAGUGCGCUUUCUUUCCCCUACUUAUGGAUAGAAAAAGCUGAAGUACUAAUUCAGCUAGGUUUGUAUCAGCCAGCAAGACUACUGCUUUCAGAGGCCCAUGCUGCAACUCAGGAACUGAGGACUCCAUAUGAUGUGUCAAGGUGCUUGUAUUUAUUGGCUGUUUUGGCUAACCUGGAAAAAAAACACGGACAAGCUAAAGCACUUCUUGAGAAAGCGCAGCUUCUAGGAGGAAAUGAAGAGUUUUGGUACAACAGUACUGUUAGUCUAAUAGAGGCAAUUCUAGAGGAAGAGGGGGAAGAAAAACAGAGCUCGGCUUGUAAGAUACUGGAACACACUGUAUGUGUACUUAAAUCUACCUUACUGAAGAGACCUAACAGAGAAUCUGAGUUGGGUUUUAUAAUUGCAUCCCUUGAAGCCAGGAAAACACUUAUUGAGAUACAUUUUGCUCAAAAUUGUAUGACUAUUAAUACUGAGUCUUGUCAGUUGCCACAUAUGCUACAGAGAUCUUACAAUAAAUUAAUUCAGAUUGAGGAAGACUUCUUUAAUUAUGGGCAUAAAAAUUGCAGUGCUGAGAUUUUGCUGGAACGUGCAAAUAUUCACAGUAUGAUUGCCAAGCAGGAAGGAAAUGACGAAGAAAAACAUAGUCACUAUCUAGAUGCUUAUAACUUAGCUCAUAUGGCAGUAUCCAAAACAGAAGAAGUGUUUCAUAGUGUUUGCAGCUUAAUUGCAGUUAACGAGAAUACAAAUACUAGCAUACCAUUAAAGAGGCAACUAGCUAACAGGAAGCUAAACCUUGUGGAAAUUCUUCUGGAUAUUUUUCAAGUUGUUACUACUGAGAAAAAGCUUAAAAAAGGGGGAAAAACAUCAUUCCAUAGAAUUGCAGAGCCAUGUGGAGAAACUACUAAAGAUAAUGCAACAGAACAGGAUUGGAAGCGUAUGGAGUACACCAUAGGUCAUAUUACACUGGCUCAGUUAGCAAACAUACAGAGUCUUUGUAAAGGCUGCCCUGCCAUCAAAUCCAAAUGCCUGUAUCUCACUGGAAAAAGUCUUCAUUUACUCGCCAUUAACAUAGAUCCCGUACAUUCAGAAAUCUACUGGAAGCCAAACAUUAUGGAAGAAGCUAAAUUGGACAUCGCUAAACCUUUCCUGACUUCAGGAGAAUGCAGUGAACAGGAAGUGAUAGACAUCAGUUUACUGUCUAAUAAGUGUCAGUUUGAUAAGUAUAGGAGGAAAGUACGGGAAUUAAAGAAGGAACUUAGGUUGGCUCAGAAAUAUCUUUCUCAGUGCAGUGAAGCUUUACUACAGUGUAUGGGUAUUGCAUUCAGCUAUAAUAUUACCAACAUCCUUUGUCCUGCUAGUUUGGAAAUGGUUGAAUGCUUUGGACAAUUUGAUCCAGUUUCAACUAGCCAGUUUUUAGCCCUUCAUCAGAGCUGUUCAGCAUCUAUGAUGAUGAAACAUAUCCUUCUAACAGCUAAUUCUGACACCAGCAGCUCUCGGCUGGCAGCAUUACUGCAUCUACAAAAUCAAUUGAAACAAAACAGGAACACAAGUGAUCUUCUGAAAAAUGUGGAACAGCAACUGACUGCUACUUCAAUGGCAUGGAGAAAUCUCUGUAUUCCUGUAGAACAUUUUAAUAUAGUGAAUGAAUUGCCAUCUAAUUUCUACAUAAUGAUUCUCCAGCAUUCAGAAGACAGAUCAAACUUGUACAGCUCAUUGAUUGAGAAAUCAAAAGUAAGUACUUUGCAGCAGAAAGGAAAAUCCACUGAACCAAUGGUGCAAGCUAAAGUUUCUCGAUUUCCUGUGAAUCCUAAUACAUUUUGUACUUUGUUGGAAAAAGUGUAUCUUUACAAGCAACAAAGUAUGAAGAGUCACCUUAAAGAAACUGUCAUUCAAAGCCUGCAAGAGUGCAUCACUAAAACUGAUACGACUCCAACAGAGAAAAUAGACAAGAAUGGACACAAUUUGAUAACAGAUUUCUCUGAAAUAUUAGAAAUUAUGGAAGAAUAUCUGAAACCACUGCUAUCACAGUUUGAUUUUCCUAAAAUUAGAGAACACAGCACAUCAGCUUCAGCAGCUGAAUCAGGAAAAAUAAAAGUGAAAGAUAAGGACACCAAACACACUAGAAUGCAGGGAACACCUAUGGAGUUAGGAUUGUGUGUGAUAUUACUAGCAGAUAAAUUAUUUAUGGAAUUGCCUUUGGAAACUCUGAGUGUCUUUCAGGAGGAAGGAAUAUGUUCUGUAUCCAGAGAUUUUUCUCUCCAGAUUCUCUACAAUCGACUACAAGUGGAUGAAUCAGGGAGUGAAGUUAAAGAUGUUCAAAGGUCUAAAGAACCAAAACCAAAAGCCCGACAGAAAAAGAAUGUCAAAAUGGCACCAGAUCAUCGUGUUUUACCCUCUAAUUCCAUGCCUGUUGAUACUCGUAAUUUUAAAUAUAUUGUGGACCCCUAUAAUGAAGGAAGAGAGGCAGAAGCUUUAAGUCCCUCCCAAAAAAUGAAGGAAAUCUUAGAAAAGUACCGUGACCCAUUUACACUACAGUGGGAAGGAAUUAUUGGCAACGUAGAUGUUCCAAGUCAAGCUGAAUGGGAGCAGCUGCUGACAAAGUGCAGUGCAUUUCUAUUCUAUGGAAUGGAGAGAUUCUUGUCUCAUAUUUUACUCAACAGACUGGUUGCUAUGAACAUCCCAAAGUGCUGUUUGAUGAUACUUUUAGAUCUGGUACAAUCAAAGCAAAGUUAUCAAAGAAUAACCAAUUCUGAUAUCUACAAAAGUUCUUUACAUUUUGCUAUAGAGAGACCAACAGAAACAGUAAUGCUUCUUAGCCUUACUGGUGUUCGUUCUAUAAUAGCCAACCAGUGGUACACUACCCUGCAAGAGAAUGCAGAAAGGCUAGAAUUUUUGUUUGAGAAUUUGUUGCACAUUGGUAGAACAACUGGUCAGGCUGUCCAUACUCUUCGAAAGAGGGAGAUUCACGGGGAAAAGGAUUCAGCUCAAAUGGAUGAAGACUCUCACAGUUCUAGAGACAAAACAGAACAGAACCUUCACACUUCCUCAACUGCCAUUCAUCCAUCAUUUUUUAAUUGUGUGUUAUAUGGUUUGCCCAACAUAAUUAUUCUGUAAUUUGUGUCAGACUUCUCAUACUAUGUAUACCACUACAGUGUGCAUAUGGCAUAUCGCGCAUUAAUGUGCUAGAUACUCUUCUAUAUAGCCUAAGGAGAGGUAAGCUUAAGAAAACAUCUGUUAUGCUGAUUGACUGAGUUUGGUUUGGGAUAUAAACAGGCUGAUAUUAGAAUAAGUGUCAUGAAAUUAUCAAAGAACGCUACUUUUAGAGAUGUCAGUUGGUAUUCUAAGCUUUUCUGAACUCGGUGAAUCCCUCUAAAGAAUUACUAAUAUUUCUAUU